CGACGCUGCGAGGGUUGGGUGCGCCGCUGAACGGAUGGCAGGGGGAGGCGAGCGGAUUCCUUAGGAACUCGGGUCAGCUAUUUGAGUGUCAUCUGUUGCCACCCAUUGAUGUCAAGAUGACCAAGCUGGGAUUUUUACGGUUGUCCUAUGAGAAGCAGGACACACUUCUGAAGCUUCUAAUUCUGUCAAUGGCUGCUGUGUUAUCAUUCUCCACUCGUCUCUUUGCUGUCCUGAGAUUUGAAAGUGUCAUCCAUGAAUUUGAUCCGUACUUUAAUUAUCGGACUACCCGGUUCCUGGCUGAGGAGGGAUUUUAUAAAUUCCAUAACUGGUUUGAUGACCGGGCCUGGUACCCUUUGGGCCGAAUCAUUGGAGGAACAAUUUACCCAGGCUUAAUGAUCACCUCUGCUGCAAUCUACCAUGUCCUCCAUUUUUUCCACAUCACCAUCGACAUUCGGAAUGUCUGUGUGUUCCUGGCCCCUCUCUUCUCUUCCUUCACCACCAUCGUCACGUACCACCUUACCAAAGAGCUCAAGGAUGCAGGAGCUGGACUUCUUGCUGCAGCCAUGAUUGCUGUAGUUCCUGGCUAUAUCUCCCGAUCUGUAGCUGGCUCCUAUGAUAAUGAAGGGAUUGCCAUCUUCUGCAUGCUACUCACCUACUACAUGUGGAUCAAAGCAGUAAAGACUGGUUCCAUCUAUUGGGCAGCCAAGUGUGCCCUUGCUUAUUUCUACAUGGUCUCUUCAUGGGGAGGUUAUGUGUUCUUGAUCAACUUGAUCCCGCUUCAUGUACUGGUGCUGAUGCUCACAGGACGUUUCUCCCACCGGAUCUAUGUGGCCUACUGUACUGUUUACUGCCUGGGCACCAUCCUUUCCAUGCAGAUCUCCUUUGUGGGUUUCCAGCCCGUCCUUUCAUCAGAGCACAUGGCAGCCUUUGGGGUCUUUGGUCUCUGCCAGAUCCAUGCCUUUGUGGAUUAUCUACGCAGCAAGUUGAAUCCACAGCAAUUUGAAGUUCUUUUCCGAAGUGUCAUCUCCCUGGUAGGCUUUGUCCUUCUCACCGUGGGAGCUCUCCUCAUGCUGACAGGAAAAAUAUCUCCCUGGACAGGCCGUUUCUACUCACUGCUGGAUCCUUCUUAUGCCAAGAACAACAUCCCCAUCAUCGCCUCUGUGUCUGAGCAUCAGCCUACGACCUGGUCUUCAUACUAUUUCGACCUGCAGCUUCUCGUCUUCAUGUUUCCAGUUGGUCUUUAUUACUGCUUUAGCAACCUGUCUGAUGCCCGGAUUUUCAUCAUCAUGUAUGGUGUGACCAGCAUGUACUUUUCAGCUGUGAUGGUGCGUCUGAUGCUAGUGUUGGCGCCUGUUAUGUGCAUUCUUUCUGGCAUUGGAGUCUCUCAGGUGCUGUCCACUUAUAUGAAGAAUUUGGACAUAAGUAGACCAGACAAGAAGAACAAGAAACAACAGGAUUCUACCUACCCUAUUAAGAAUGAAGUGGCAAGUGGCAUGAUACUCGUCAUGGCUUUCUUUCUCAUCACCUAUACCUUUCAUUCAACCUGGGUGACCAGCGAGGCCUACUCUUCUCCGUCCAUUGUGCUGUCUGCUCGUGGUGGGGAUGGUAGUAGGAUCAUUUUUGAUGACUUCCGAGAAGCGUACUAUUGGCUUCGUCACAAUACUCCAGAGGAUGCGAAGGUCAUGUCAUGGUGGGAUUAUGGCUACCAGAUUACAGCUAUGGCGAAUCGGACUAUUUUAGUGGAUAACAACACAUGGAAUAAUACCCAUAUUUCUCGAGUAGGGCAGGCAAUGGCAUCCACAGAAGAAAAAGCCUAUGAGAUCAUGAGGGAGCUUGAUGUUAGCUACGUGCUGGUCAUUUUUGGAGGCCUUACUGGGUAUUCCUCUGAUGACAUCAACAAAUUUCUGUGGAUGGUCCGGAUUGGAGGGAGCACAGAUACAGGCAAACAUAUCAAGGAACAUGAUUAUUAUACUCCAACUGGGGAAUUCCGUGUGGACCGUGAGGGUUCUCCAGUGCUGCUCAAUUGCCUCAUGUACAAGAUGUGUUACUACCGCUUUGGACAAGUCUACACAGAAGCCAAGCGUCCACUAGGCUAUGACCGUGUUCGGAAUGCUGAGAUUGGGAAUAAAGACUUUGAGCUUGAUGUCCUGGAGGAAGCAUAUACCACAGAACAUUGGCUGGUUAGGAUAUACAAGGUGAAGGACCUGGAUAAUCGUGGCUUGUCAAGGACAUAAAUGUUACGUCCGUUCGGCUCUGAUCUGCUUCGCACUGAGUGUGUCACAUUUAGGGCGCUGAAGAUGGUUUAAAAAUAUGCAGUUUAUAAGAACAGAGCGCGACGAGAUUAGAAUUGUCUGGAGGUUUUGUCCUGGGCAGUAUGGGCUGAGCCAAAUGGAAUGAUCUUUAUAAUUCUGAGCAGGUUACCAAAUGAAAUGUCAUGGCUUUACUUUGGUCAAUUAAAGGGGGGAAUUUUUUUAAAAAUGUGCCUUAUUUGUUUUGACUUAUGACUGAUUUGAGGAAGCCUAAAGUUUAUGCUGGGCUGAUAGAAGGACAGAAAACAGACCUCAUCUGUGCUCUGGGCUCCCUAAAUGAGCCACAUAGGGGCAUUCUGUCUUUCUCUCUCAAAUCAGGAGAACUAUCAAGGACUAGCUCAGAUCCUACAUAUACAAACAGUUUUGUCAUUUCAAAAACUGCAGUACCUAGCACAAUGCCUUGCACAUAGUGGGUGCUCAGUAAGCUUUUACUGAAUGAAUAAAAGUUUGUGGGACCAGAGGAGUGCCGUUUCUGGGCAGGAAAGGUAGCUGCAUUGCUAUCAUGUCUCUGUUCUCAACAUCUCUUGUCCUUAGAGGCUCUUUGACUACAAGGGACAGAAGGUGGCUAGCCAGACCUGAUCUCACCAGUUUCUUUGGGACUAGCUAGGUGUUUUUGUUUUUAUGCAGGAGUAAAUCCAGUGAUACUAAAUCAGUAGUUUUGAAGACUUAAGGCAAACAGUGAAAUUAUUCUCGAUGGAGAGGACGAAACUCCUCCAACAUCGUGUAUAGAACUUGAUGGUCAGUAGGUGUUUUUGAAUUAGCUGAUUUGUAACCAUAUGUAUCUAUCUGAAAUCUAGCUUUUCAGUACUCUCACUUAUCCUUUAGCGAUUUCCUUUAGCUCAUGCACUAAAACUGUUGUGAAUAUUUAAAGGUGAGCUGCUCUCUCCCUUAGUCUCAGCCUCUGUUAUUAUAUAUCACUAACAAGCUCCAUGAUCUGGUUCUGAAGCCCUUGCCAAAUUAGCUACAAAAAGCACAGGAGUUCCAUCUAUAUUUAAUGUCAGGACAAACAGCCUUAUGUUCAGUUACAAUAGGGUAUUUUAUGUAUUUUAAGACAUAUAUCGGUGAUGUGUAUAAACCCUUAGUUAUUAAAAAAAAAAAUACAAGGUAACUCCUUACUGUUACCUGUUUAAGAAACAGGAGCAAUGACGUGACUUUCAGAUAAGUCAAAAUGGUGCUCCUAAAGGUAUGCUCAGGUCUACCUGUGUACCCAGGAAGCAGCCUUCCAAACCAGUUUUAUGUACCACGUGCUUCAACUGUGGGUGAGAUUUAGAUCUGAUGUAAGAUUUGAUUUACCUUAUGUAAAUACAUGACUUGAUUUAUAUACAGAAUUCCUCCCUAGUGGAAGAGGUUAUUCAGAUGUGGGUUUUUUGUUUGUUUGUUUGUUUUUUUAACCAAUAUGAGUAAUACCAGUUAGAGAUCAUUAGUGAUUUACCUCUGUAGGAAUGGGAUAACCCUUUAUCACUGUACUUGUUACUCUUAUGAUUUUAAUUUUGUUACUUUCUAGGCUACAUGAAGCUAUAUUUUUUAAAAAUUUACUUCUAAUUUCCAUCGUUACAGUGCACUUAGUGUAAAAGAAAAUCAAAUAAUUCUAAAAAGCAACAACACUGUUUUCCACACACCCCCCCCCCGAGGUACCCACUUUCAACUCAGCUGAUUCUCAUAUUACUUACCUCCAUAUCAUUAAAUGGCUUGCUUUA